AUGUCCUGUAAUGAUGAUGACUACAGAUUUUUAUGUAGUGCAGAAGAUGCAUGGGGCAUAGUUUUGGAAACUUUGGCUGCUGCUGGCGUUGUGUUUACAAGUGCUCUAUUGUUGGCACUCCUGAUUAUGGUGCCUCGCAUUUGUGUUAAUGCCAAAAGGGCAAUUGUACCCAUUCAGUUCAUCUUCCUUUUGGGCACACUUGGAAUCUUCGGCCUUACAUUUGCCUUCAUCAUUAAAUUGAAUCGAGAGACCUGUCUAACACGUUUUUUUCUUUUUGGAGUCCUGUUUGCUGUCUGCUUUUCAUGCCUCUUGAUUCAUGCCAUCAAGCUGGUAAGAAUAGUUAGAGGUGGACUGGGUAUGUCAUGGUGGCUGAUGCUAGUUACAAUCACUGCCCUAUCCCUUGUGCAAAUAAUAAUAGCCAUUUUGUAUGUUGCACUUUACCUGGCAAGGAAUAUGUCAGAAUGUGAUUUUAGCAAAGCAGAUAAAAAUGCACGUGACCUUGAUUUUGUGCUCAUACUGAUAUAUGUUUUGUUGCUUAUGGCCAUUACUUUUCUAGUCUCAAUGAUUAGCAUCUGUGGAUCCUGCAAAUACUGGAAGAGACAUUGUGUACAUAUUUAUGUAACCAUAUUUUUCUCUAUUGGCAUUUGGGUAACCUGGAUUGUUAUGUUGCUCAGAGGAAACAAAUCCCUGGAUAAAAGUAAUCAGUGGGACGACCCAGUGCGAGCCAUUGCUUUGGUGGCCAAUGGUUGGGUUUUUCUUAUAUUUUACAUGGUUCCAGAACUUUGCUUGAUGACAAGACACCAGCCGGGUUGUGACCAGGGAAAGAAUCAGUCUCAACCACAUCUUCUUCGACAAAUUGUUGGCGCCGACAAUCAAGUUUUUACACAAGAAGAUUCCUCUCAAGGUAGGUUUUAUUAUGUUAAAUGGACAUAA